AUAAGUGGGAGGGAAUCGCGAGUUGGGGGCGAGUCGUCUCGGUGAAGCGAGACACCUAUUUAUCGUUUCCCCAUUCUCCAGGUUGUCAAGAGUUGUGCAGAGUAGCCGCCUCGAUACCAGCCAAAAACAAAAGCACGAGAAGAAAUCACGCUUACCUCCAGUAUGGCUACCGCCAAACCCGCCCCAUCCACCCUUCUCCAUCCCCUGCGGCCGCUCGCCAGCGACGAGCUUUCCAAGGCCCGGGAUCUCGUCGUCGAGGCGCAGGGUGGUGAAGGCAUCGUCAUACGCUUUCGCUCGGCCAUCGUCGACGAACCAGAGAAGGACGUCUUAACUGGUUUUCUGGCCGCCGAGCACGAAGGCCGAGUACCAGAGACCGUCCCGCCGAGGCAGGUCAAGUUGCAGUACGACGUAAUAAAGGGCGGAAAGGCACAGCUCACGGAAACGGUCGUCGAUGUUGAUGCCGGCGUUAUCCGGAAGACGAAGACGUUCCCGGAACGGUGUCAGGUCAGCUACACGUUGUAUGAGUUUAGCUUGUUUUAUGACGCCUGCGUCUCCUCCCAGCUCUUCAAGGAUGCCAUAGAGGAGUUCGUCCUGCCAGACAACUUCGUCAUUACGAUAGAUCCGUGGCCGUAUGGUGGUCCGGAUCCCGGCGAAGAGAUCCCGCGCUACAUACAAGGCCUCGUGUACGCCCGCGAUUCGUCUAAGAACAACGCCGACUCUAACCAUUAUUCUUACCCCCUGCCUAUAAUUCCGGUGAUGGACGCUGCCACCAUGGAAUUGGUCAGGGUGGACCGCCUCGCCACCGGAGGGAUCAACGAUGGGCUAUAUCAGCCUCCGAGGGGCGCUGAGCCUAGGAAGCUGUUCGGCCAUCAUGCGUCGGCAGAAUACGCCCCGGAACUGCUAGACCGACCCCUCCGUGCUGACCUCAAGCCUAUCAACGUGACCCAACCCGAAGGCGCUUCUUUCAAAGUCCACAGCGAUAACCUGGUCGAGUGGCAGAAGUGGCGCUUCCGCGUUGGGUUCACCGACCGCGAGGGCGGCGUGCUCCACGACGUGUCCUAUGAUAACCGUCCGGUCCUAUACCGGCUCUCGUACUCCGAAAUGACGGUUCCAUAUGGUGACCCCCGUCCACCUUUCCACAGGAAACAGGCCUUCGAUUUCGGCGACGGCGGGAUCGGGCGCGCCGCUAAUAAUCUCAAGCUCGGAUGCGAUUGCCUCGGAGCGAUACAUUACUUCGACGCUGUCAUACCUAACCCGGAGGGUAAGCCGGAGGUUGCGAAGAACGUGAUCUGUUUACACGAACAGGAUAACGGCAUCGGGUGGAAGCACACCAACUUCCGGACAAGCCGCGCCGUGGUGACCCGGUUGCGCGAGCUGGUGGUGCAGUUCGUCGCUACGUUGGCUAAUUACGAGUACGUAUUCGCGUACAAGCUGGACACGGCGGGCGGCAUCACGCUGGAGACGCGCGCCACCGGCAUCGUGAGCGUCGUGCCGAUUGACGAGGGCAAGGUGUCGACGUACGGAAACAUCGUGUCGCCGGGGGCGCUGGCUCAGAACCACCAGCACAUCUUCGCCGUGCGCAUCGACCCGAGUAUCGACUCGCACGACUCCAGCGAGACGACCGUCGUGAUCGAGGAGAGCCACCCGGUUCCGGUGAACCCGGAGACGAACCCGCACGGCAACGCGUACGAGAUCCGCCGAAACCGGAUCUCGCGCGCGGGAUUCGCCGACGCGGCGCCCCAGUUCAACCGCCUGCUGCGGCUCGAGCACGCGACCAAGAAGAACCCGAUAAGCGGGAAAAACGUGGGCUACAAGAUAGUACCUAGCCCGACCCAGCUGCUGCUCGCAGACCCGCACAGCGUGCAGGCGGCCCGCGCGCCGUUCGCCAGGCAUCAUCUGUGGUUCACGGGCUACCGCGACGGGGAGCUGUGGGCGGCGGGAGAGUUCACGAACCAGGCACAGCGGGAGGAGGGCGGCGUCCAGGCCAUGGUCGAACGAGGGGACUGGUUCACCGACGAGGGCGAGGAGGCGACAGGCGACGGGGAGAAGAAGGGAAAGAAGAGCAGCCCGGUGGUCUGGAGCGUCUUCGGCCUCACGCACAAUCCGAGGGUUGAGGAUUGGCCCGUGAUGCCCGUCGAGAUCCACCAGGUUCAUAUCCGGCCGGCCGAUUUCUUCACCAGCAACCCGGCCCUGGACGUGCCGAGCACCAGGAACGAGAGCAGCGUCCUAGUCCCCUGCUGCGAUGGUGAUGCUUGCCACAGCGCCGAUUCUAACGGCAAGGCGUCUUCAUCAACGGUGCAGCAAGACCCAGUAACGCAUCUACAGGGCACAGGCCCAGACCUCAGCCCGAACGACAUCCCGGUCUCCAAGGAGAAGAGGCGUUUGUCGGCGACGCUCUCCAACAUCUUGAAUUGGAAGAAGGACUAAGCGGCAUAGGUCAGUCGCGUCCUUUCGUGCGGUCCUCGGGCACAAUUUGCUUACCGGCCUCGGCAGAUGCCUGUAUAUGUAAUUGUUAGUCG